ACAUUAAAAUAAAAAUUACAUUAAAAUGGAAAAUUGGACAAAUAAUGAAGAAAUUAAAAUAUUUCAGGAAUAUUUAAGAAUUCCAAGUGUUCAUCCAAAUAUUGACUAUGAACCAUGCAUCAAAUUUCUAAGGAAACAAGCUGAAUCCCUACAACUGUCUUAUAAAGUUAUUCAUAUAGAUGAAAGCUUAAAAUCUCCUCUAUUUCUUGCCACCUGGAUCGGUACCAAUCCAGAAUUACCUUCAAUUUUAGUAAAUUCUCAUAUGGAUGUUGUACCCGUUUACGAAGAGAAAUGGACACAUGCUCCUUUUGCUGCCGACAUUGAUGCAGAGGGAAGAAUAUUUGCCAGAGGUGCACAGGAUUGUAAAUGUAUUGGUAUGCAAUAUUUUGGAGCCAUACGUUCAUUAAAGAAGUCAAAUAUUCGAUUCAAACGUACUCUACACGUACUUUUUGUGCCAGAUGAAGAGAUUAGUGGAGAAUAUGGCAUGGAUAGAUUCAGUAAAUCCCAAGAAUUUCGCGAUUUAAAUGUUGGAUUUGCUCUGGACGAAGGAGCGGCUGAGGAGGAUGAGAAAUUUGUGGCCUAUUAUGCAGAAAGGAGCAUAUGGCAAAUAAACUUUAAAUUCAAUGGACCUGCCGGACAUGGAUCGAUCUUGAUGGAAAAAACAGCUGGAGAAAAACUUGCUUUAUUCCUUAAAGAAAUUAUCUCAUUUCGAUCGGCCGAGCUAAUACGUUUAAAAGAAAAUUCUACCUUACAAAUGGGUGAUGUGACAAGCAUUAAUUUGACGAUGCUAAAAGGAGGCAUACUACCCAAUGUUGUACCUUCACAGUUGGUAGCUUGUUUCGAUAUUCGCAUUGCGGUUGAUGUUGAUCUCAAAGAAUUCGAAAAGCUUUUGCAAAAUUGGUGCACGAAAGCUGGUGGUGAUAUUGAAUGGGAAUGGGUUCUUAGAUGUGAUACUGCACCACCCACUAAAGUUGAUGAAAGUAAUCCCUAUUGGUGUGCUAUUAAAAGACUGUUCAAUGAAAUGAAUUUGAUUUUGGAACCUCAUGUCUGCAUGGGCGGUACUGACAUUCAGUUUUUACGUGAAAUUGGUAUACCAUCAAUAGGACUAACACCCAUGAAUAAUACUCCAAGAUUGAUGCACGAUCACGAUGAAAAUAUUAAAGCUGAUAUUUAUUUGCGUGGUAUAGAAAUCUAUUGUAAAAUAUUUAAGGAGUUAUUGGAUUUAUGAAAUAAAGUUUGAAUGAAUCU